AUGACUGAAUUACAAUUUGGAGACAGUAAUGUCCAUCGACGAAAAAAUGUAGCCGAUCAUACUAAUGGUCUGCGCGUUAUUGGAGCUGGAUUACCACGGACAGGUACGUCUUCAUUGAAGAAUGCUCUCGAAAUACUUGGUUUUGGUCCGUGUCAUCAUAUGACCGAAUUACUGAAAAACCCUGAACAAAUUGAUGUUCCAACGGCCUUAUUUUACGAAAAACUUCAUCACCUCUAUCCUCAAGCAAAACUAAUACUUACCGUACGGGAUAGCAAUGAACAAUGGUUUGAAUGUUUCAACAAUUCGAUUGCACCUUUAUGGUUAGAUAAUUUCUUCUUUAUUACCGUUUAUCGUCUUCGAAACUUACGCUGGUUAUCCAUAGUUGCCAGGAAGAUAGCUAAGAAAUGGAUAACUGAAUAUGGCAGCAUAGGACCUCACAUUCAUGAAUUACAUAAUGCUCAAGUGAUACAGGAAAACAAAUCAGAAGAUUUACUCGUAUUUAAUGUGAAAGAAGGAUGGCUUCCUCAAUGUCGAUUUCUGAAUGUACCAAUUCCACAAGAUAUUCCAUUCCCAAAUGGAAACGGUCCCGAAUAUGUUCAAGGCAAACUUCAAAGGGCGAGAAUAAUAGGAUGUUGUACUUGGACCCUUAUUGCUGCAGGACUAGCCAUUUUAAUUUACUUUUUGCCUUCACUCGUUGGUUAUUAA